CAACCGAGCGUGGGCAGCGAGGUGGUCCCGCGGUAUUAUAGUUCGACGAUGGAUGGGUCGAGGUACCGUCGGCGCCAAGUCCGCUUGUUCCUCCCUCUCCGCUGAUUCCCGCACACGUGCAUGAAUCAGACACAUCAUGUGUUGAUAAUGCCCACCACUACCACUACCACUACCACUACUAGCCAUUCCGGAUAUAUAAAAGAAAUGUAGAGAGAGAAACUUAUUAAAACAAGUAGUGCGAAUGAAAUGCAGUUCAACGAGCCGUAUAUAUAGAAUUUUUUUAAAAAAAUUAAUGCAAUAAACGGGAAUUCCGGGCUGACGUCCACGGGAGUCAACGCAAUGGCGGGCGUCCGCACACCCGUCGCGACGGAAUUCUGCAUAACGCUGCGGAACUGCGGUGUCCUUGGCGGAAUUCCGUAUCCGUGCAUAGCAUACACAAUAGCGGACGUUCGCCGUGGAAUUCCGGCACGCCGGUCGGAAACGCUGCGUCAUUGCUAAUGCUCUAAUGUAAACAAUUUAUUCAUCAAAUUUAAAUAAACACCAGGAAAAAAAAGCUUGAAACCAGAAUCAAUGGCGGCAGCUUCAAACUCAACGAUGGAUCCAAACAGCGGCUUCUCUCCCCAAACCAAAAUCUUCCACAGCCUCCGCCCCUCCAUCUCCAUCCCCCCUUCCCCUCUCCCACUCUACAUCUUCUCCCUCCUCUCCUCCUCCUCCCCUUCCCCUGCCGCCGCCCUCAUCGACGCCGCCACCUCCCGCCGCAUCCCCCUUUCCCACCUCCCCAUCCUCGUCCAAUCCCUAGCCUCCAAUCUCCGUCUCAAAUUCAACAUCAGGAAAAACGACGUCGCAUUCAUCCUCUCCACCAACUCAAUCCAGAUUCCCCUUCUCCACCUCUCCCUCCUCUCCCUCAGCGUCAUCGUCUCCCCUUCCAACCCCCUCUCCUCCGACUCCGACAUCUCCCACCAGAUCCGCCUCACCAAACCGGCAAUCGCCUUCGCCACCUCCGCCUCCGCCGCUAGGGUUCCACCGCUGCGCGAGGGGACGGUGCUGCUCGACUCUCCGGAGUUCGAAUCCCUAUUCCUCCCCUCCGCCGCGAAAUUCGAUCCGCCGGAGGUGUCCCCCGACGACACGGCGGCGAUUCUCUACUCCUCCGGCACCACGGGGAGGGUGAAGGGGGUCGAAUUGACGCAUCGGAACCUAAUCGCGGUGAUCGCCGGCGCGCGCGCGAUUCGCGCGGCUAGGGCUUCACCUCCGGUGACGCUGUGCGUGGUGCCGUUCUUCCACGUGUACGGAUUCACGAUGUGCCUCAGGGAGGUGGCGCUGGGCGGGAGCCUCGUGGUGGCGGCGGCGGAGAGCCGGCGAGGGAGUAGAUUGGAUUUGGAGAUGGUUUUUGGAGCGGUUGAGGAGUUCGGCGUGACGCAUCUGGCGGUGGCGCCGCCAGUGGUGGUGGCAAUGGUGAAGAGUGCGGUGGUGGGGAAGUACGAAUUGAGGUCGUUAGAGGUGGUGAUGAGCGGCGGAGCUCCGGUGGCGAGUACAGUUAUUGAGAGAUUUAAGGCAAAGUUUUCCAAUAUAUCACUCAUUCAGGCUUAUGGGCUUACCGAAACAAGUGCAGGAGUCGUUCGACCGUUAGGAGGCUUUGAAAGUGAAGUGAAAGGUUCAAACGGCCGUCUCGUCUCUAACUGCCAAGCCAGAAUCAUUGAUCCUCUCACCGGCGACAGUUUGCCGCCUCUUAUGCCAGGGGAGCUCUGGAUAAGAGGCCCCAUAGUAAUGAAAGGGUAUGUGGGUGAUAAAGAAGCAACUGCUGCAAUGGUUGAUUCAGAGGGAUGGCUGAGAACUGGUGAUAUUUGCUUUUUCGACGGAAAUGGACUCCUGUUCUAUGUUGAGAGAUUGAAGGAUUUGAUUAAAUACAAUGGAUACCAGGUUGCUCCAGCAGAACUGGAAGAUCUGCUGCUUUCACAUCCAGCCAUUGUUGAUGCAGCUGUGAUCCCGUAUCCUGAUGAAGAUGCAGGCCAAAUACCUGCAGCCUUCGUGGUUAGAGAGCCGGGAAGCACGAUAAAUGAGUCGUUGAUCAUGGAUUUUGUAGCACAAAAGGUGGCGCCGUAUAAAAAAAUUAGACGCGUCUUCUUCAGAGAUACUAUACCAAAGAAUGCCGCAGGAAAAGUCUUGAGAAAGGAAUUAGUCAAGCUAGCAACAAAUGUAGCUUCAAAGUUGUAAUAUUAGCAUCCAUUGUCUCGGUUGAAAUGCAUUCUAUUAUUGUAACAUUCACCACGAUGCAAUGAUACAUUUAGUUCAUAAUC